AUGCCCCAGCCCACUACCGUCAGGACCAACGUGUGGUACUGCCACAACUGCGCCAAGGGACCGCUCAACUACACAAUUGACGCAUACUGUGCAUACUGUUACCAUCAGAGAUGCCACAGCUGCACGAUCAAGCAGAUCACAACCCGGGCUGGUCGAUGA